AUGAAUAAGAGAGAAAAGCAAUCAAAUAUUCUGAAUGUUUUAAAGAUCAAUAAAGUGGGAAUUGGAGCUUUGUUGGAGAAUAAAUUGAAGAAGGAAAAAAUUGAUGAUAUGAUGAUUAAACUGAUUUGUGGCUGGGAAUACUACAGCAGUAGUACCUCAGAAGGUCGUAUUUUAGUACUUUGGCGGAAAUCGUUUACAAAGGUUCAGGUCCUUUUGGAUCACCAUCAAUUGGUUCACUGUUCAGUAAAAAUCACAGGCAUGACGAUGGAGUUUUUAGUCACAUUUGUCUAUGGUCUCAACACUUUAGAUGAGAGACUGGAGUUGUGGAGGGGAUUGUCUUGCAUACAUGUUAUAAAUAGGCCUUGGUUGAUUAUGGGAGACUUUACUGCUGUUUUUAAUUUUGAUGAUAGAGCGGGAGGGAGGACUAUUAGCGCUGCUGAAUUACUUGAUUCUAAUGCCUGGCUUGCUCAUUCCCAGCUGGUUUCUCUCAAGAGAAUUGGUUCAAAUUUUACCUGGUCCAAUAAGCAAGAUGGAGGGGAUAUGAUAUAUUCUAAGAUUGAUCAUGUAGGAUUUAAGGAGGUGGUUCUAGACAGUUGGAAUAAACCUUUGGCAGCAAGGGGUUUGUUGGGUGUGACUACGAAACUGCUUAGAUUAAAUCAUGUUUUGAAAGCCUUCAAUAGAGAGGAAAUUGGAGAUGUUGAACAGAGUUAUCACCAAGCUAAAGGAGACUAUCAGCUGGCUCUCACUAGAGCUCAAGCUGCCCCUACUGAUUUGGCUGUACAGGAGGCUGAAAAAGCAGCAGCUAUUCGAUAUCAAGAUCAUGCUGAUAGAUACAGAAGCUUUUUAAUUCAAAGGAGCAAAAUUACAUGGUUGCGGAAGGGAGAUGAUAAUAAUGCAUAUUUUCAUGCUUGCAUCAAAAAAGGAAGAGAGGAGAAUCGUAUUGUCUCCUUUCUGAAUGAGCGAGGGGAUAUUAUUGAUGAUUAUGAGGCUAUGCUGCGGUUGACUAGGGACUUUGGGAAAUCUGAUGUUAAGAAGGCUCUCCUUAGCAUUCCGGGCAUAAAAAGUCCAGGGCCGGAUGGAUUUGGUUCUGAAUUUUUCAAAACAAUGUGCCUGGAUACUAGGGAUAUUAUAUCAGAUGCGGUUCUUGGAUUCUUUCGAGAUGGCAAAAUCCCUGAGGCACUCAAUGAAACAGCGCUUGCUUUGGUUCCUAAAACUGAUUCGCCUAGCCGAGCAGUUGACUACAGACCCAUAGCUUGCUGCAACACAUUAUAUAAAUGCAUCUAA